UGGUCCGUGGUUUUGCGACUUGCGGUUACGAACUAUGUACAUUGCACAGUUAUUUUGCUUAAUUUUUCACGUCGUCGUUUAGACUUUAGUUAACAUUUAAAAAUUAUUAUUGCUUUAAAGUGAAUAUGUUAUUAACUAUCUUGUGGAACAAUCCGUUUUUUAUUUAUUUUAAUUUUAAAAUUAUUUUAAAAAUUAUUAAUUUUAGAUAAAACACUUAACUGUUCCGUAAAAUCGCGUUGCAAGUUAAAAACCCCGACAUGGAUCAAUUAGAUUGCAAAAUGAAAUUACUUCAAGUAUCUAAAACCAAAGGUGAAACGGUUAAAUCUAAUGCUAUUGUCAAAUACUCUUCUGUACAUCGACCAGCUAAUUUUGCACAUCUGCAAUGCAACACUGAUCUCAACUUACCACCUUCAAAUUGGUUGAGUAGUGCAGCUGAAUCUUAUGGUUUAAAACACGUGAUCUCACAUUCGGAUGGAUUUUCGAGUUUCCAAAUGGCGCAUAUGUUUCCUGACUGCAUUGGAGAAGUUGAUGUUGUCUCUGAUGCUGAAAACAUUAAACGGUUAUUGAAAAUACCAUACAGCAACAAAUCUGUAAGCAUGAUGAUACACAGAAUAGAAAAUACUCUGCUUAUCGAUGAAUUUGAUGUUCACAAAUAUUUAUUGGUGCAAACUGAAGACGAUUGGGAAUGGUUGAGAAAAUUCUUUUUCAAACAUGUAUUGGACUCGUAUGAUAUGAUGGAAAAAUGUGUUACACACAAAGUGAACACAUUUGACGUCCUCCAACAAAAAAGCUUGAACUCAAAGUUUCUGCACUAUAGUAUUGCCAAUUCUUCAAACACUAAUAAUGCUAGUCAACUACCCAUUGAGAUUCUGCCCAAACCCACUUCGUCUUCUGCACCUCCUUUGCCAGAACCUUCGCCGGAAGAAGAAUUUCCAGAUGAUCCGAAAACUCAUAGGUUGUUUAAUCAAAAUGUUUUGUGGAAUUUCGAAGACUUACAGAUGCUUUUAGGUACAGACAUGCCAAUUUUUGGAGGUGGAACUUACCCUUGUUUGAGUUUGAGACUAAGAGAUAUGUCAAAACCCAUAAGUGUGCUCACCGGUAUUGAUUAUUGGCUCGAUAACCUUAUGUGUAAUGUUCCGGAAGUAGUCAUGUGUUAUCAUUUAAACGGUAUUGUUCAAAAGUAUGAAUUGGUAAAAACCGAAGACUUACCAUAUUUAAGUGAUUCAAAAUUUUCUCCAAAAGUAGUGCGAGAUGUCGCACAAAAUAUAUUAUCAUUUCUGAAGUCCAACGCUACCAAAGCUGGACACACAUAUUGGCUUUUUAAAGGAAAGUAUGAAGAUGUUGUAAAACUGUACGAUUUGACUUCGUUGUGUUCGGAGUCUUUGGUGGAAGGACGUUGUGAAGGACAAAAUCCAUUUACUGUGCCCGUAGCCAUGCUGUUGUAUCGGGUAGCCCGAAACUUGAAACAUAAUCCGGUUGACGGACAACCAUCAAGUCCGGCGACAAUACAAAUUUUGUUAAACAAUUGUUUAAAACUAUUAAAUAAAACAAAAUAUCCACAAAUUGUAACCUCAGUAAACUAUAUGUUAUCUGAUCUUUACAUUCCCUGUAACACUAACCCGACCUCGCCCAAAUUAGAAGAUCUGACCAACAGCGGCGAAGAUGAUAUUAUGAUGUCUCCAGUUGUAUCAGAUGAUGAUUCUUCAGUUGUGUCAGACGAAGCUCAGCCGACAUACACUGUGGAAGUACGAGACUUGUGUGUGUCCCAUAAGGAGGAACAAAAAUCAAAAAAAGCUAAGUAUACUCCGUCAGAACCUGUCGUCAAGACUCUAGAUGAACGAUGCAAAAAGGCGUUAUAUCACGUUGGAUGUGGUUUGAAUUGCCUACAGUAUUUUGAUAAUCUGAGCCCAGAGUUCAAAGACGAAGAAAAUAAGAAAGCAAUGGAAGAAGAACCUCUAAUGGCUACACCUUCGGAAGCCAUACCAAUGCCCUACAUUGUGUCAUCUAAACCCGAAAGUCAACUAAAAAAAAAAGAAGAAAAAACUGUUACCAAAAGCUCUAAAAAUAAACACCGUAAACGAAAUAAAGCCAGUUCGCUUUCUGAAAAUGAUGAAAACAACGAUAUUGUUCCUGGAACUUUGCUUUGCAAAUCAAUCGCUGAAACCUUACCUACCUGGCAUAAUCCUCCUGAUGCCAAAGAUAGUGUUUCUUGGAAACGUCAUCUCAGAGUUUUAUUGUACGAAAAAGCUUUUUUAUCAUAUGCUACGCUCGCAGAGUAUGAUUUUACGUGUGGAUCGUAUGGGUCUGCAAUGAGACAUUUUCGAUUAGUAUUCGAAUGUAGGAUGUGCAUCGUUAACACCAACUACAACGAGCUAGUUGUGUAUUUGUUGGGUCGCAUUGGAGAUUGUUGUUUAAUGAUUGUUCAAAAUUGGAGUAAAAUUAUUCAGUACACUCAAGAAUUGGGGAACGACCAAGACUACGAUGAAGGAAUCAGAAAUGCUUUACAGAGUGAAUGUAAUACUUAUGCACGUGACGAUUUUGACUUGAUACCAAAUUGCUUUGUAUCAAAAGAAAAUAUGUUGGAUGCGGCCGCUAAAUGUUAUAACCGAUCUUUGGAAAUGGAAACAAACGAAAAAAAUAAAAAUACCCUCAACAGGCGAAUUGGAAAUGUUUACAAUGAAAUCACCUAUGGUUAUAUAAAUGAAAUAGCCAAUGCUCUGCAAGAAGAAAUUGAGUUGCCCCCUUCGAGAUUACAUUGGUUGCUACAACAGUCUGAACAUUAUUUGUCUAUGGGAAUCAAUAAAUUUCAAAGCUCUGAUGAUCUUAUCAACCUUGCGUUGUUAUACUCAAAUAUGGGACGGUUGUACAGACACGUUGCCUAUUAUUCAUCGCUUUAUACGAGCUCAUAUGAAGAUUUGUUCAAAAAUAAGGAUUUCACUAACCAGGCAAUAGAAAGUUAUACAAAAGGUUUGGCAGUAUUAGGCAGUCGCCGUUAUAAUCCUCAACUGUGGGACAUGGUUUGUUGGGACUUAUCUACUACUAUUUACAACAUGGCCAUACAAUCCCAAGACGAUCCUUCUGUGUACACAGACAGAGCUGAAGCCGAAAAAGAAGUCAUAAGUUUAUUACUAAAAGCGUUGAAAUAUUGCGAUUUGGAAAACGAUUCAUCCAGAAAACUACUUUACGAAUUUCGGGCGGCAUACAUACACGACAGAUUAGCAUCGUUGUACCAUCAUAGAUUAAGAUGUUUAGAAGUAGACGAUACAAAGUUUAAGACCACACUUCACCAAUGUACGUCCCAUUACAAUAAAGCAUUUGACAUGUUUCUUAAAAUGGAACGUCCGUUGGAAUGUUUGGAAAUCUUAAUAAAAAAUAUCGCUUUAGACGAGCUACAGAUGGACAGUGUAACAAACUCUUCGGCCAAAGUGAAGUUUAUCGUUUCUAUCGCACAGACUUUGGUGAAAUGCGUUGUUGUUCUGAAAAUGCUGUUUGAAAACAGCAGCGAGGAACAAAAAGAGACUGUUUUGGUAAAUUCUGACGACUUGUACAAGACUGAACAACAAGAUGAUGACAAAGAUGGCAAGUUAAAGACAAAAAAAUUGCUAGUAUUAUUAGAAGAACGAUUACAGCACACCCUGAAGAAAAUGAUUAAAUUGGCUAUGGCGAAAAUAUCCAAAUUGGCCAACAAAACUGACCAACUGAAGUCAAUAUAUGGUGAACUUUUAAGAAAAAGCAACGACGCUAAUGAUUAUUACCAUUUACUGAAAAUUGUAACCCAAAUAUCCGAAUUAAAAUUAUGAGAUUAAUAUUUAUGAGGUUAAAACAAAAACGAUAAUGUUUAUUUUUCUCUCGAGUGAUUAAUAUUUUAUUGUGUAUUUUAAUAUUUUCUUAAUUUACUGUUGUUGUUUAUUUGUUGUUUUAUAUUUUUAUUGUUUUAAGAUGUACUCUACACAAGAUUAUACUCUAUUCGGAAUAAGAACAGGUUUUGGCGGCCAGCAGUUUUCGUCGGGCGGCCAUGCGCACUAGUCGGCCGCCGAAGCCUGUUUUUAUUCUGAACAGAGUAUAAUAGUAUUUUUAUUUAUUCAUAAGUUUUUUAUCAACUGUUUAAUGUUUUUUACACGAUUAUUUUGUGUGUAAAAGAUAGUUUAACAACACAUUUUUUUUUUGUCAAACCACUACAAAAAUUAUGUAUGUAUACAAAAAGUAUUAAGCAAGUUUAAUUUAUUUUAAAUGAUAGUAAACAGUAUACACCAAAUGGUUAAUUUAAUUUUAAUUAA